AUUGUGUUAUAAUAAAUUUUAUUGUAAUAUAUAUAUUAUAUUUUUAUAUAAAUAAAGAAAAAGAAUUAGAUUUUUCUUUUUUUUUUUUUUUAUUUUUAAUUUAAAUUUUUUAAUUUUAUAAUUUAUAAUUUUAUAUAAAAAGAUAAUUGGUAUUUAAAAAAAAAUGGGUAAAGGCAGUGGGGUUCCACUGAAAGAAAAACCAUAUCCAAAAGUUGUUUAUGGUUCUAUUAAAUCCAAUAGAAAGCAACCAAAAUCAUUACCAAAUGAAAUUACUAUCGAUCAAAUCUUGCAAACACUCCCAAAAGAAGUUUUCGAAACAAGUAAUUUUAGAUCAUUCACCUCAUUACUUAUUACCAUUCUUUUCAUUGGUCUCAGUAUUACUUUUAUUAAUUUAGUUCCAUCCUAUCUCUAUCCAAUUGGUUGGAUGUUAAUGGGUGCCUCAGUAACUGGUUUAAUGGUAAUUGGUAAUGAUUGUAUUCACAAAACCUUCUCAAACAACUCAUUAGUCAAUUCAAUUAUUGGUACUAUUGUUAUGUUACCAUUACUCUAUCCAUUCCAAUCUUACAAGAUUUCAGAAAAAAACAAUACAGCAAAUAAAAAUAAAAUGGAACAAUUCGAAAUUAAUGCUAUUGAUAACAAGUCAUCAAACCAAGAUAGUUAUUUUAGAACAUGGGCCACAGGUAAAUUCUUUUGGAUUCUUUCAAUUAUUAAUUGGGCAGAGAAAUACUUUUCAGUUAAAAACCUCAGUGACAAACAAGAUAAAAGUAAAGCUUUUGCAUCUAUUGUAAUCGUUUAUAUUUUUGGUUUCAUCUUUUUCCCAAUGAUGAUCAAAUUUGUUGGUGUUAGUGGUUUCUUAAACUAUUGGUUCGCUCCAUGGUUAAUCCUCCAUUUCCUUUUAUCAACUGCUUCACUCUUACCAUCAAUUCCAUUUUAUGAAGAGAUCCAACAAGCUGCUAUUGCCGAUAAAAACAAGAAACAAAACUAUUUAGUUCACAUCACCUAUCCACAAUGGUUCGAAUUUAUUGUUAAAGAUAUCAACUUUUCACUUCCACGUCAAAUAGCUGUUACCAUUCCACAUUACAAUCUUAGAAAAGCUUAUCAAGCCUUCAAGAAGAGCUGGGGUGAAUACAUUUAUGAAUGCACUUUUGAAAUGGAGCUCUUUAAAGAAUUAAUCAAUCGUAGUCAAGAUUUCUCAAAUCAAAUCUUCUCACCAUUCGAUGUCGCUCCAUUGGUACCAAAACAACCAGUUGAUGCCCCAGCUAGCACUCGUCCAAGUAGAACCGUUAAAGAAUUCCUCAAAGCUAUCAACUGGCUUCAUUUUGGUCUUUUAAUUGGUACUCCAAUCAUUGCAAUUUAUGGUAUGCUCACUGUCUCAUUAACCUGGAAAACUUUUGUUUGGACUUUUAUUUACUAUCAUAUGACUGGUAUGGGUAUUACUGCUGGUUAUCACAGAUUAUGGUCACACAGAGCUUAUAGUGCUAAAGCCCCACUCCGUGCUGCACUCUUAAUAUUUGGUGCAGGUGCUGUUGAAGGUUCAUGCCGUUGGUGGUGCAGAGAUCAUCGUGCUCAUCAUCGUUACAUCGAUACUGAAAAAGAUCCAUAUAGUGCUCAUUACGGUUUCUGGUGGAGCCAUUUCGGUUGGUUAAUGAUGAAACAAGACCCAAAGAAAAUUGGUAGAGCUAACAUUGACGAUUUAAAUGCAGAUCCAUGGAUUAUGUGGCAACAUAAAAACUAUCUUAAAAUCGCUACUUUUAUGGGCUUUAUUUUCCCAACUCUUGUCGCUGGUUUUGGCUGGGGUGAUUGGGCUGGUGGUUAUUUCUACUCUGGUGUUCUUCGUCUUGUAACAGUUCAACAUUCUACUUUUAUGGUUAAUUCUUUGGCUCAUUACCUCGGUGAUACACCAUAUGAUGACAAUCAUACUCCAAAAGACUCUUUUGUUACCGCUGUUUUAACCUUUGGUGAAGGUUACCACAAUUUCCAUCACGAAUUCCCAAGUGAUUACAGAAAUGCUUACAAAAUCUAUCAAUACGAUCCAACUAAAUGGUUAAUUAAUAUUUUAUCUUAUGUUGGUUUAGCUUAUAACCUCAAGACCUUCUCAGAUAACGAAAUUCAAAAGGGUAUGCUCCAAAUGCAUGAAAAACAUAUUGCACAAAAGAGAGAAUCAAUUUAUUGGGGUAUUAAAAAAGAAGACCUCCCAUCAAUGACAAUGGAAGAAUUCGACCAAUUAGUUACCAAACAAAACAGAAAAUUAAUCAUCAUCAAUGAUAAUGUUUUAGAUGUCGAAACCUUUAUGAACGAUCAUCCAGGUGGCCUUUCAUAUAUUAAUAUGGGUAUUGGUAAAGAUGCUACUAAAAUGUUUACCGGUGAAGUUUAUGGUCAUUCAAAUGCUGCUAAAAAUUUAUUAUGUCAAUUUUCAAUUGCUACAAUUUCAAAUGAAAAAAAAGAUAAUUAAUCAUUUAUAAUAAAAAACAAAAAAAAAAAAAAUUUAAAUAUAAUAUAAUAAUAUAUUUCAAUAUAUUAAUAUUAUAUUAUCUUUUGAAAUUAUUAAUAAUUUAUUAUUAAUAUUUUUCAAAAUUGAUCACAUUGUU